UUUGAAAGCAUUCCUGCUUCCUUAGUAUAAAUCCUUUUGAGCAGGGGUCCCCCCAACCCCUGGGCAGAGGACCAGUACUGUUCAGCGGCCGCACAGCAGAGGACCAGUACUGUUUAGGAACCAGGCCGCACAGCAGGUGAGCAGGGAGCAAGCAAGCAAAGCUUCAUUUGCUGCUCCCCAUCGCUUGCAUGACUUCCUGAACCAUCCCCGCCCCCCUCGAAAAACUGUCUUCUGCGAAACCAGUCCUGGUGCCAAAAAGGUUGGGGACAGCUGCUUUUGAGUAAAAGACACUAUUGGAUAAAUUGGACUUUUCAUGCUUUUGAAGUAGCUUUGCUAACCCAGAAAUGUUACAUUGUAGUGAGUAGAAAGAUGGAGAUAGAGUCAAGGGAGUUGAAAGAGCUGCAAGUCUAAAGUGGCAAAAUAGGAAAGGCAGAGGUUAAAUACAUGGCUGAAGGCGUAGUGACUGAGGACCAGGUGAGGUAAGAGAUUUUCAGGCAAGACGGUAUUUUUGCACAUCGGAACCUUGCUUAGGCUGAUAUCCCUCCCAAACCCUCUAGUGUCCUAUUUUUCUCACCCAAAUUACUGUUCUACAUGUUGCUACAAAAUACAGUAGGUAUAUUUGAAGACCUUGAAAGGGAAGUUGUGUUGCUAAGCAUUGCGUUAGGACUUCGCAGUUGCCUACAGUGAGCGUACAAUAAAUUGGAAGUUGAAGCCUUUUCUGUGAUCUUGCGGUGGUACUCCAGGGCACAAAAGGGAAGGAAAUCAGUCCGUCCAAAUGUUCACAAGCUGAAGAAGGGGCUUCUGGAAUGGCAGGGUCUCUCGACCCCAACGCCGAGAAAAUUGACUUCUCUUAAUUACCUGGCCCGGCAACACUGGAGCUUCGGCCCCAGGACUAAUUUCUAGGUGGGGCCGCGUAGAGGAGCAGUGCGCACGCGUGCGCAGGGCACGGCCGCCGACGUGAUGCGCGCGGCGCGCGUGCGCAGCGGACCCGCACGGUGGCGCGUCUCCUCGUGGGGCUCCGGGGGUCGUGUUCUCGGCAUGGGCGCCACGCUGUCGCCGCUGCUGACUCUGCUGUCCCUCCUCUCCGGCCCGUGGCUCGAACUAGGGAAUGGGCAGAUGACCAACAUGGUCCAGCUACCAGGUGGGAGAUUCCAGAUGGGAACAAAUUCACCAGAUGGCAGAGAUGGUGAAGGACCUGUCCGGGAGGUGACGGUAAAACCCUUUGCCAUCGACAUAUUUCCUGUCACCAACAAAGACUUCAGGGAGUUUGUCAGGGAGAAAAAGUACCAGACAGAGGCUGAGGUGUUUGGGUGGAGCUUUGUCUUCGAGGACCUUGUCUCUGAUGAGCUUAGAAACAAAGCAACCCAGAAAAUGCAGUCUCUCCUCUGGUGGCUUCCAGUGGAAAGGGCAUUCUGGAGGCAGCCUGCAGGUCCCGGCUCUGGCAUCCGAGAGAAACUGGAGCUCCCAGUGGUACACGUGAGCUGGAAUGAUGCCCGUGCCUACUGUGCUUGGCGGGGAAAACGGCUGCCCAUUGAAGAAGAGUGGGAGUUUGCUGCCCGAGGGGGCUUGAAGGGUCAGGUUUACCCCUGGGGAAACGAGUUCCAGCCAAACCGCACCAACCUGUGGCAGGGGAAGUUCCCCAAGGGCGACAAGGCUGAGGAUGGCUUCCACGGAGUCUCCCCGGUGAACGCUUUCCCCCCACAGAACAACUACGGGCUCUUUGACCUCGUGGGCAACGUGUGGGAGUGGACAGCGUCACCAUACCAGCCUGCCGACCAGGACAUGCGUGUCCUCCGGGGGGCAUCCUGGAUCGACACGGCAGACGGCUCUGCCAAUCACCGGGCCCGGGUCACCACCAGGACUGUCGAGAAGCUACCGUUCCUGUGGCCUCAGGGUGUCAGAAUGGGCAAUACUCCAGAUUCAGCCUCAGACAACCUAGGCUUCCGCUGUGCUUCCAGUGCAGGCCGACCACCUGGGGAGCUGUGAGCAGCCACACAGAGAUGAGGAGAGUCCCCCGUGGCACCCGUGGCACUCCCUGGCCACAUGCCAAACACAGCCAAACUCGGGACUGCGUCCAUCCCCUCCCCCCUCCCCUGUGGCAGACACCUCUCCCCCGGGGCUGGAAAGGACCCUGACCUCUGCGGAGCGGCACCGCUGUCUCUUGGAGAAGGGGCCCAACUUACUGAUUGUGCCCAGGAGCCGGAUGUUUCUCUUAGAGGUCAAAUACUGACCGUAUGGGGGCCACAUACUCAAAACAGUUGGGGCGCAGUGCUCUGAAAGGCAGUUUGUGAAAAUAUUUUAAAUCUGCUCCCUCCAACUUUCUCGCUGUCUGACCCGGGGACCUGACAUUGUUUGCUCAAGGCAGAAUUUCCCCAGGUCUCCUUGUUUUCCCAGCAAGUUGCUGUAGAAGGAAAAUGAUUCCUUCAUUUGCCUUAUUUGUGGGGUUUCAUGCACCUCCGAGGGAACCUAGUUUCCACCGUAUGUGAAAUGCAGUUCUGUGAGCUCUUUAAAGCACACUGUCAGUCUUAAAGGGUCUAGGAGAACGACGGAUUUGCCAGGCGCAACUGUGUAUCAUGGGAGGUACAGAGUGAAUAAUACUCCACAAACAGCAGAAGCUUCCCUUUCUAUUAUUAAUUAUGUAAGGGCUGCCCUGUGCCUCUAAAAACAUGGCCCCAGAGAAGAACCUGCUCCCGUGCUGUCACUGGACUUUGUGAGGUCAGUAAAAUCUCCUGUGAUUGCGA